AUGAAGCAAAGACCUAAUUUCAAGGAAUUGCCCAUUCAACCCUCGGGCCUCUAUUGGGAAAAUGACUUUGUGGGUGCGGAACACGAGCAACGACUCAUCUCAAUCUUCACCAACGAAUUAAAAUGGCCUGAUCGACCAGGUAGGAUAUCCCUACACUACGGAUACACCUUCGACUACAAGACAUUCGGCAUAGACCCAGAGAUUCCAUACAAGGAGUUCCCGGACUGGUUGCAGCCUCUCAUUCCUACCACCGAAGAUCGACUCCCAGACCAGGUCUGCCUGCAAUUUUACCCACCAGGUGCCGGGAUUCCACCACAUGUAGAUGCACAUGCACCAUAUGAUCAACUCUAUGCACUUUCGCUGGGCGCGCCGGCGAUGAUGGUGUUUGGCCAGGGCGAGAAACGCAUCGAGGUCGAUCUGAAUCCACGGAGCAUGAUGCAGAUGACUGGGGACUCCCGAUUGCAUUGGACCCACGGUAUCAAAAAGCGCAAAACUGAUACUCUCCCCGACGGCACGGUCCGUCUUCGCGAGAACAGAUGGAGUAUUACCUACCGUUGGCUUCGAGAGGGAGACUGUGAAUGCGGGAAUCUUACCUUUUGUGAUACGGCGCAGAGCCGGAACGGGACAGAAAAGGAGAAAAGAUCGGUCAAGGCGCUUGCUGAGAAGGCGGAUUCCGAAGACCCAGCCAGUUGA